AUGUCAAGUGGACAAAGAACUUUUGAUGGUUGCAUUAGAAUGAGGCCCGAAUUUGCUCCUGGAACUCCUGGUUAUAACAUUAAAAAUAGUGACACUGUAUUUUGGGUCAUAGUUAAGGACAGCUAG